CACAGAUUUAUUAGAGGGACUCGGAAUCUCCUGCCACGGGUUUAUUGGGGGGAUUUGGGAACUCCUGUCACAUAUUUAUUAGAGGAUUUCGGGAAUUCCUGCCAUGAAUUUAUUAGGGAGAUUUGGGAUCUCCUGUCGCUGAUAUCUUAGAGGUUUUGGGAUCUCCUGUCCCAGAUUUGUUGGAGAGGUUUUGGGAACUCCUGCCGUGGGUUUAUUAGAGGAUUUGGGGAACGCCUCUCAUAGAUUUAUUAGAGGAGUUUGGAAUGUCCUGCUGUGGGUUUAUUACAGGGGUUUGGGGUCGUUUGUCACUGAUAUCUUAGAGGGCUUGGGGGUUUUCCUGUCACGGAUUUCUUAGAGGAGUUUUGGAAUCUCAUGGGUUUUUUAGAGGGGUUUGUGAAUUGCUUGUCAUGGAAAUAUUAGAUAAUUUGGGGGUCUCCUGUCAUGGAUUUAUUAGAGAGGUUUAGGGAUCUCUUGCCACUGACUUAUUCCAGGAUUUUGGUUUCUCCUGCCAAGGAUUUAUUCCAGUCUGAGGCCUUGUGCUCUGAGCUGUCCCUGCUCUGUGACAGCACUGGGCUAUCCAGAAUCCCUUCCAAUUGCUAUUCCUGUGUGGUUUUUACGGGAAGGAGGAUGCAGAAAUAAGGAGCGAGGGAGGAUUUGGCACUCAAGUGCCUCUCCGGAAUGAUGGGUGGGUGGUGUCUCCUGGAUAUGGCCCUUUUUUGGGACAAAUCAUCCACCCAGGAGCUGCUGGGCAUUCAGGGAGGAGAAGAAUCUAAAUGCUAAAGUGCAACAGGCCUGACUGGAAACAGGAAUGAGGGCUGGGAGACAGCUUGGAAUGAGUGCCAAGCCCAGGAAUUCCAUCCAGCAGAUUGGGAGGAGGGGCCUUUGCAGAGAUUUUAAGGCAGUCAAGAGUUGCAUUCAGAGGAGGAAAAGCUGAUGCAAAGUGAUUUAUUUCCUGUUUGUGUUUGUUGGGAAGGUGAAACUUUAAAAUCUUUCUGCUUUAAUGUCUCAGAUGAAGAAGUCCCAGGUGUUUGGAGGACGUGGAUAAGGAUAAUCCAAGGACUCUUCUGCCUUCACAAUGUUUGGGGACUUAUUUGAAGAGGAUUUUUCCUUUAUUUCUAACAACCAUUGUGGGAAAGGGAAGAAAUCAAAGCCCAGAGAGUCUGAGCCUCCAGCUCCCAGGGAUUUCACCAACCUCAGUGGAAUCAAAAAUCAGGGUGGGACCUGCUACCUCAAUUCCCUUCUGCAGACUCUGCUUUUCACGCCUGAAUUUAGAGAGGCAUUGUUCUCCCUGGGACCUGAAGAACUUGGGACUCUGGAUGACAGCAGGAAACCAGAUGCAAAGGUUCGGAUAAUCCCGCUGCAGCUGCAGCGCUUGUUCGCUCAGCUCCUGCUCCUGGACCAGCAGGCUGCAUCCACCACUGAUCUCACUGAGAGCUUCGGCUGGAGCAGCCAUGAGGAGAUGAGGCAGCAUGAUGUGCAAGAAUUGAACAGGAUCCUCUUCAGUGCUCUGGAGACCUCCCUUGUGGGGACGUCAGGCCACGACCUCAUCAACCGCCUCUACCACGGCAUUGUCGUCAACCAGAUUGUUUGUAAGGAGUGCAAGAACAUCAGUGAGAGACAGGAAGAUUUCUUGGAUCUCACAGUGGCAGUGAAAGGCGUGGCUGGCUUGGAGGAGGCCCUGUGGAACAUGUACGUGGAAGAGGAAUACUUUGAGAAUGACAACUUGUAUCGAUGUGGAGCCUGUGAUAAACUGGUUGAAGCUUCAAAGUCUGCUAAACUACGCAAGCUGCCUCCCUUCCUCACCAUUUCCCUCCUGAGGUUCAACUUUGACUUUGAGAAGUGUGAGAGGUACAAGGAAACGAGCUGCUAUACAUUCCCCAUCCAGAUCAACCUGAGGCCUUUCUGUGAGCAGACUGAAAUGGAUGAUUCAGAGUACAUGUAUGAGCUCUUCUCUGUUAUUAUACACAAAGGUGGCUGCUAUGGAGGACACUAUCAUGUUUAUAUCAGAGAUGUGGAUGAAUUAGGAAACUGGCAACUCCAAGAAGAAGAGGGUGGGCUGAUGAAAGAGAAGGUUUUAAGAGACACUGAAAAUGCCAAAGAAACAGAAAAUCCACUGGCAGUCUUAAAAGGGAUUUUAUCAGAGGAGGAAGCUAAACAAAUUGCUGUGGAUCAAUUAGGGCAGAAAUUACUGGAGAAGAAAGGGGUGUCCUGGAAUAAGAAAUACAGAAAACAAUAUGGAGCAUUACGAAAGUAUUUGCAGAAUCAUCCUCAGAUUUUCCAGCUGAGUCCUGAUGGAAACAAGGUUGGCCUGAAGGAAACACACAAGCUCCUGAUCAAGCUGGAUUCUCAUGGACAAAAUCUCCAGAGCCCUUCCCAGAAGAAUGAUGUGCAGUGGAACUGUGAGAAAAACUCCUCAAGGCCAGGAGCUGCUUCUGCUGGGUGCCACUGGUUUGAUCUGAAUGAUUCCAAAGUCCAGCCCAUCAAGGAGAAGGAUAUUGAGAAGCAAUUCCAGGGUAAAGAGAGUGCCUACAUGCUGUUCUACAGAAAAGCUCAGCUGAAAAGGCCCCCUGAAGCACGUGGAAAUCCAAGGUACCAAAUUCCUGAGCACCUGCUGCAUGAAAUGAAUGCUGCUAAUACAGAGCUGCAAAAAAAGAGAGCUGAAUGUGACUCAGCAAACAAUGGCAUUGAUUUACAUCUCCACCUGAGCUGCUGCUAUAAAUUCCACAACGGGGCUUUGCAUCCUGCACUUUCUUGGAAAGAGAGCGUGGUGGAUUUGACUAUUGACAGAAGGAAAACACUGGGAGAUCUUCGGCAGGCAGUGUUCCAGAUGUUGGAAUCUUGGGAAGGAGACAUGGUGCUCAGCAUGGCCAAGCCUUUACCAGCAGGAUUACACCUGUACCAGGUGCUUGAUGGAGAUGAGCUGACCCUGGAUGGCAUUGGGCUGGCUGAUGGAGCAGACAUCUUUGUCUGGAAUGGGAAAGAGGUCGGAGGCACAAAGGUGCUGACGGGCCCUGAGCACGAGCCCUUGGUGCUCAACGUGCUUCGCUUGGCCGAGCACAACGAGGGCAGCAAGGGGCAGCACUUCAGCGAGGCCCAGCGUGUCUUCUCCUGCAGCACCAGCCUGGGGCAGCUGCACUCAGCCUUGGCUCCAGCCGGGGGCAUCAUCCUCAGGAACGGCUCAGGGGCAGACACAGAAGCCAAGAACUGGGAAGUUUUCCGUGAGGAGGACAUGAAGGAAACGGUCCGAAGUGUUGGGCUCAGGGAUGGGUGCUCUGUGCUGAUCUUAGACAGCCAUGACCAGAGCUUUGUCAACGUGGCAAGUGGGAAUUUGACUGCCUUCACCUAUGACAUCAGCUGGCUCCAAGUGAAAAACUUCUGUGGGGUGGAAGAGGAGGAGAAACACGUUAAAAUCACUGCCACCAUUGAAACAGUGAUGUCAGAUAUCAAAAUGAAAGCAAUCCGGGAGCUUCAGCUGGAGGAGGAGCUGGCAAACGAGAGCUGUCUUAGACCUGUUAGUGGCAACGGGAAACUUCUGUCUCCAGUGCCUGAGGAUUACACAGUCAAGGAAGCAGAACUGAAGAUGGGAAGCUUGCUCGGGCUGUGCCGUGGGAAAGCACCAACUUCCACUCAGCUCUUCCUGUACUUCAUGGUUGGGAGUGACCAAAACUGCAGCCCUGAGAUGGAGAUAGUUGUGGAGGAGACUGCCUCUGUCAGAGAGUGUCUCAGUUUAAUGCUGGAGAAAUCUGGAUUAUCAGGUGACAGCUGGCAUUUGAGAAGGCUUGACUGGUGCUAUGAAGCAGGGGAAGCCUUAAGCCAGGAAAAUGCCACCCUGAAGGAACUCAACGUUUGCAGAGGAGACACUUUGGUUAUAACUGAAGGAAAGCUUCCAGAAAAGGGUUUCCUGAAAAUCCCAAUCUGGUGGCUGAAGCCUUCAAGCCAUAAGAAACAUGGAGAGUAUGCACAAGACCAAGUGAAUGGGAUCACCUGGAAGAUGGAGGCUUUGCAGGUGUCUGCUGCAGCAGCUCCAGCAGAACCCAUCCACCCAGGCCUGGAUCUCUGUUAUGCUGGCAGGAUAGAGAUAGCAGGAGAGGCCUCUCUGGAAGACCUGAAGAUGCAGGCUCUGACCUUACCCUGCUGCCAGGAGCAGGUUGUGCCCCUGCCCUCGUUUCUCAGAGCUUGGACAAUGGAUAGCAAACGUCCCGGGAAGCUCCUCCGGGAUAACAAGCGGAGACUCAGUGACUACAGGCUGGGUGCCAGAGUGGAAAUCUGCAUAGAACCCUUGCAAGAAGAAGAGAAUUUGGGCCCCCAGGAGCUGCUGCUGCGAGUCCAGAUGGGAAUACCAGGAGAGAGGGACUACUCCGACUCCCGGGAUUUGGUGUGGGAUAUCUCCAAGGAAUGCACAGCCUGGGCUCUGAGGCAAAGAGUGGCUUCUCACUAUUGUCUCCCUGUAGAUAAAAUUGAAAUAGCCAAAUACUUCCCUGAGAGAUUUGAGUGGCUGCCAAUAUCUAGCUGGGUAAGAUCUGGAUUGACAGAAUCCCACAGUUGUUGGAGAGGAGCGUGUGUUGGUUUGGGCUGCAGGUCCUUAGGGAUUGAAUUUAAAGAGAAUUCUAAACUCUUCUGCUUUGAUUUUGUUCAGACACAGCAGAUCUCCAAGAGGAAAAGGAGGAAAAAGCAGGAGAGUUUGCAGUCAGCCCCUUAUCACCUGAAGGAUGGAGACAUCAUUGGGGUGAAGAACCUUCUCCUUGAUGACACCAAGGACUUCAGCACCGUCAGGGACGACAUGGGGAAAGAGAAGCAAAGGCAGCUGGCUCUGGAAAAGAGGAAAAGCCGCCAGGAGCGUGUCCAGGAUCCCUUUUUCCCCGAGGAGAAGCUCCCCAUGAAGUCCCGCAAACCAGAAGUGGCUCUUUCCAUCAACGUGGGGGUUUUCAGAUAGCACCAGGAGCUGCUCUGCCCACACCACCCUGUACUAACCUGGCCUCUAGGGCCUCAGCUCCAGCAGCAAGACGGGCUUUCCCAAAGUGUCUUCAAGGAUCCCUGAGGCACAAGCUGGAUGUAGGAUUCAGGAAAACUGAUUUUCUUCUGCUCUCUCUUGGGGAAGUGCUUUAAGGUCUCUUUCUCAGUGUGGUACUUACUCUCAGGCUGAGUAAAUGCACUUUAUGGAGGAGGAAAAGGAUUAAUGUAUUGUAUAACCCCUCGGUGACUCUUUUGUAACCACCCAAAAUACUUUGUUGGGUCAGAUCUGACUUCUUGCACCAUCACUACUGAGGUUUAAUGCAGUCAUAAUCAUCUCUUUUUAGAAAGUUUUUCCCAUCUCUGAUGACUGAAGUUGCUACUGAUACCAGAAUUUGCUUUUCUUUCUUUAUCUCUAAACCUAAGUCUGUAGGAGCUGGAGUUAGCCCUAAGAACGAGGGAAAUGUGGAAAUCUCUGAGCAAAGUGUAGGAAAUUGGCUCAAAAAGAGCAAGCCCGGGACCUGUCAAGAUGUAAAACCUGGAGACCUUUUGUGAUAAGGAGCAACAGGGAGGUAAUCUUAGAUUCUGAAAUUUCUGGGGCUUGUUUUGUUGCCCAUAAACUUCAUUAACAGACAAAACGGUUGAAAAAAAUGGACAGAUCCAAUGUUUGAUCUUCAGUAGGUUUUACUGUAUUCAGGAAAAGGGCUUGUAUUUAUUUUCAGUGGUCCUCUUCAGAGGAAUUUCCCUCAUUUCUCAUUUUUCCAGCUGUUCUGAUAUUCUGGUACAUUGGAGAACCUGUUUCUCUUGGUGUCCUGAGCUGACUAAGCAGCUCACUGAUCUGGGCUCCAGGUCAAAGGCUCUAAGUAUUAACUCCAAAGUGAGCCUGAUUAUCCUUAAUUAAAUCUGUGAUAAUGACAGGACAAAACACGAGUUUGCUUUUAGGGGCUGCAGUAAAUAUUUGACCUAUUUGCUGUAUGUGUCGAUUUUGUAGUGGGAGCUGCUAGUUGAGCAGAUUUCCUCAAAUUUUGGCUAACAUUUUUCAUGUACCUUUUAUAGGUGAACACUAUUCUGGUAUUUCAGACAGCAUAAAGAUAAAAACUGACACUCUGCUAUCAGAAAAAAAAAAAAAAAGAAAAGCACCAUGAAAUGCACGAUUAUUAAUUUCUCUGCAUAUCUUUAGAAUUCAGCAGGUGCUCCUGAGCUUUUUGGGGCUGAUGCUCUGCACAAGGGGCUGUUUAAUGUCCUCACUCACUCGAAUCCUGAAAUCCCAGUUUUCUGUCCCAGAGGAGGACAGCAGAUGUUUUCCCAAUUUUAAUUUGUGUCACCUUCUUUCAGGUGUUCUUGGGAGCCUGGGUUUACAGUAGGGAUCAGAGGUGCUGAUUCCAAAGGUUUGUGUUCCCACGUGGUUCCAGCCCAUUGGGUUUAUUUGCUGUCACUUUAGUUCCUCUGGUUCCUGCUGGAGAGCUGGACUGAGCUCAGCCUUCCCCUCUUGAAUAACUCUGGUCUCUGCCUGAGAACACCAAGUUUGGAGAAAUUGAAAUGCAAAUUCCAAGUGGGAAUUUUGUGCCUUUGUUCAAGUGUAAUGUAGCAGCGCCUGCACUGAACCAAUCUUGGAUUAUUUCUAAUUUUGGCUCAAAAUGCUUUUUUUUUUUUCUUAAAACUCUUGUGGGCCAUUCCACAAUGACAGGGUUCAUGGAAAACGGGGCUGGGGCGAGGAAACACCUUUUGGACAUGGAGUCUUUGUGACUCCUUGGGUUUUGAUGGUUAUUUGCAAAGCCUGGAAGAGCUUUCAUCUUUAUUUUUCAAGUGUUCUUCACAAAAUAAAAUGUCAUUUUUAUCUGCCUA